AUGUUCAACCUGCAAUACCUGGCCGCCUCGCCGCACCGGCGCCUCCCGCCCCCGCUCCUCGCGCUCGCCAAGCCCGUCCUCGACCUCAUCGCCAUGCAGUCCUGGGCGCUGGUCAACAUGCGGCCCGGGGUCGAGCUGGAACUGCACUGGAUCCCGGGGCAUAACCACCGGGUGGAGGCGCACCGGUGGGCGGACGAGCUGGCCAAGGGGGCGAGGGCCACGCGCAUGGCGUACGCUUCGUCUUUGGCGGGUUCUCUGGCGUCGCCGUCGCGGGAGGGGCCGUGGUUUAGGGGCGGGGAGCCGUGCGUGGUGCCGUUGGUGAGGCGGGAGUUGGAUGAUGCGGCUGAGAAGGUGAGGAGGGACGUGGAUGAGGCGGCGGAGAGGGUGAGGGGUGGGGCGAUGGUGCGGGGGGUGGUGCGGGAGGUGCCGCAGGUGGAUUCAAGGUCUGGUACCUAA